AUGCAUUUUACAGAGGAGCAAGCGGUAGAGGUGAAGACAUGGGUGAUUAAGAGGCUAGAGGACAUCUCCGACGCCGAUGCAGAUGUCCUUGCAGAUUACGUGCUAGCUCUAAUUCGCUCCGAUGCGCCAGAUGAGGAGAUUCGCAAGGUGUCGGUAGAGAAUCUGGAAGAUUUCCUGAAAGAAAACACUGUCAAGUUCGUUGAUGAAAUUUUUGAGAGAUACAAUCCGAAAUCCGAAUCCGCUCCAACUGCAUCCGUACCCCCUCCAGCAUUGCCAACGCCCGCCGGGACCGUACCUUUUAACCAGUCCGGGUCGCCGAGUCAGACUGCACAAUUUAUAACAACUCCAGCUGGUUCUUCGGGAUCCCCAGGCAGGGGUGGCUUCCAAGGAAAUGCCCCGGGUUUCGGCGGCAGAAAACGAAGUUUCAACGACGUUGCUCAGGGCGGGGCCGAGCACGACUCGCAUCAUAGAAGUUAUGAUCGGCCUUUCAAGACGAUGCGAGGCAAGCGUGGAGGACGAGGUGAUAGGUUGGCUGGCGGAUGGGAUAGUCAACGACCCGCCCCGACUGCUCAGCUAUUUGCUCCGAACCCACAAGCCGGCUUUCGAGGCAUGCCUCCUACUGCACAGCCGGGGUUUCCACCGUUUGACCCUAACGAUCCCAUGGCUGCGAUGCUAGCGCUACAAAGUAUGGGAUUUCCGCAAUUACCUGGAAUGCCGAAUCUUGCCCAGGUACCUCCGCUAGGACAGAAUCAACCUGGAUCUCCGCCUGCUAAGGUUGCGCAGCGGUGUAACAACUACGAUACUCAAGGAUUUUGCGUCCUGGGAAGCACCUGUCCCUACCAGCAUGGAUCGGACCAUUUGAUUGCGCCUCCGAAGGACGAUGAGUACGACCCUACGAAAUCCAAUAUUUUGACGGACCGCCCAUUAUCUGCCAACGGUACUAAUGGACAGAGCCUUGGCUUAUCUCGUGGAGGAGAUAGAGGACGGGGCCGUGGGCGUGGUCGAGGGGAUAGAGGGGGGUUUAGCGGGCAAAGGCGUGGUCGCGCAGAGUUCUCGCAUGCCGGCCCUAACGAAGACCAGUCUAUUACAACAAUCGUUGUUGAGCAGAUACCCGAGGACAAGUUUAAUGAGCAGACAGUACGAGACUUCUUUUCCGAGUUUGGUAAUAUUGCUGAGAUCACUAUGAAACCAUAUCGGCACCUUGCGCUUGUCAAAUACGACGACUAUGCAUCGGCUAAACAAGCGUGGGCAAGCCCAAAGGUUAUCUUCGACAAUCGAUUUGUCAAGGUAUACUGGUACAAGCCUGGAAGGGGUGAAACGAACGGCAGCACCCAGGCAGAAGAUAAGCCAUUCAACCAAGAAGAAUUUGAAAAGCAACAAGCUGAAGCCCAAAAGGCUUAUGAGGAGAAAAUGAAGAAACGAAAAGAAACAGAGGAGGCUAUGCAAGCUCUUGAAAAACAGAAAGAGGAAUUGCUGAAAAAACAACAGGAAGAAAAGGCGAGACUACUGCAACGGCUCGGCAUGAAAGGUGCAACUAACGGGGAAGAGGCUCCGACUGAAAAGCAAGGCGAGGAUGUGAGUAUGGAACCUGUAGAUACUCAGGAGAGCGAGAAAACGAAACAGCUACGUGCACAACUGGCAGCAUUGGAGGCGGAAGCCCAGAGUCUUGGUCUCGAUCCAAAUGCUGCGCCGGAGUCUGGGCAAGGGCGUGGCAGAGGCUGGGGUGGUUAUCGUGGACGUGGUGGAUUCCCCCCACGAGGUCGCGGUUAUGAUCCUUUUGCUGCUCGAGGUGGAUAUCGUGGCAGGGGAAGUUUCCGCGGGCGCGGGGGUGUGCUCCGACUUGAUAACCGCCCUCGAAGGGUUGCCAUCUCUGGAGUCGAGUUCAACACCGAUCGUGAUGAGGCGCUGAGGCAGUAUCUUUUGACUAUCGGGGAAUAUGAUAGUAUUGAGCCAAACCCAGAUCGACAAGACUCCCAGAUUGUUGCCUUCAAGGAUCGAUAUGUUGCAGAGCAGCUCAUCUACGGAACUUCUGAUAUCCCAGGCGUGGGUCGUGUCGAAAUGACGUGGGUAGCCAACCCACCGAUAACCGCAUCAGCACAACCAGCUGUCCCCAAGAAAAUGGACGGCGAUACAACAAUGGGUGGUGACGAUACCGAGCUUCUGUCGAUGAGGAAGGACGUCAGUCAUGAUGUUGACUACGAUGUUGCUGAAGUGGAUGAUACGUGGGAGGUAGCAUGA